AUGGCUGUCCCCAACAUCAAGCUUAACAGUGGCUUUGAGAUGCCCCAGGUGGGCUUCGGUCUGUGGAAGGUCGACAACGCCAUCGCCGCCGACACCGUCUACGAGGCUAUCAAGGCCGGUUACCGUCUCUUCGACGGCGCCUGUGACUAUGGCAACGAAGUCGAGUGCGGCCAGGGUGUUGCCCGCGCCAUCAAGGAGGGCAUCGUCAAGCGCGAGGAGCUCUUCCUCGUCUCCAAGCUCUGGAACACCUUCCACGAUGGCGACCGGGUAGAGCCCAUCGUCCGCAAGCAGCUUGCCGACUGGGGCAUCGACUACUUCGACCUCUACCUCAUCCACUUCCCCGUCGCCCUCGAGUACGUCGACCCCUCCGUCAGAUACCCUCCCGGCUGGCACUACGACGGCAAGUCCGAGAUCCGCCCCUCCAAGGCCUCCAUCCAGGAGACCUGGACUGCCAUGGAGAGCCUCGUUGCCAGCGGCCUCUCCAAGAGCAUCGGUGUCUCCAACUUCCAGGGACAGCUCCUCUACGACCUCCUCCGCUACGCCAAGAUCCCCCCUGCCACCCUCCAGAUCGAGCACCACCCCUACCUCGUCCAGCCCGACCUCAUUAAGCUGGCUGCCAACGAAGGUAUCGCCGUUACCGCCUACUCUUCCUUUGGCCCUGCCUCCUUCAAGGAGUUCAACAUGGAGCACGCCACCGACUUCGUGCCUCUGUUCGAGGAGCCCACCGUCUCUGAGAUUGCCAAGAAGCACGGCAAGACCAACUCUCAGGUCCUCCUCCGCUGGGCCACCCAGCGUGGCCUUGCUGUCAUUCCCAAGACCAGCCGCAAGGAGAUCCUCGCCCAGAACCUCGACUGCACCAGCUUCGACCUCGAGCAGUCCGAGAUUGACAAGAUCAGCAGCCUGGACCGCAAGACUCGCUUCAACCAGCCCGCAAACUACUUCCCCACUGAGAAGCUCUGGAUCUUCGGUUAA